AUGGCCCGGCCGCAGAUUGAGGUUCUUAAAGAUGACAUGCCCCAGAAGAUCAAGGAUUUCAUUAUCGACCAGGUCGACGACGAUCUCCUCGAGUGCAACAGCAACACCAGCCAGACGGUCAGGCUUGAACCGAUAGUCACACGAUUGAGCAAAGCUCUCAAGGACAAUUUUGGCGGAAUUUGGCAAAUUGUUAUUUUGACCGGUUCCUACUCUGCUCACUCAAGCUAUGCGCCCAACCGUCUUCUCAACUUCAAACUGGGCCGCUUCGUGGUCCUUGUGUGGCAAAGCACAACCGAUUAA